AUGUCGACACCACCCCGACCCGUGCUGAAGUCGAUUUCAACGAGCAAGAGUGUUGACGAUGAGGACAAUCGGUCCCGUGUCUUCAGCAAACCACUCGAUGCAGACGACAAUGAUGAUACGCUCUAUUCUUCGCGGCUUGACAGUAUUGGGUCUGCAAGUGUCCGACCUUCAAAUCUGAUUGAUGAUCAGGUGCUCAUGCUGUUUGAAAAACAAACGGAGCUGAUACGGCAACUGGUCGACUGGCAAAGCAAGCAGGAUGAGCACACGAAGGAGCAGAUUAGGCUAUUGAGCGAAAUCAACGCGCGACAGGACAACGAAGAUGCCUCGAGAACGACAGCGCCAUCGGUUCCCGUUCGCAGCGCUUCAGCGUGGAACCCACUUCUCCGAUCGACGUUGAAGAAGAUGAGCCCCACCAUUGACAGAUGGCGUGGUGGCCUCGAUACAUUACUUAUCUUUAUUGGUUUAUUCUCUGCUAUCGUCACAUCUUUUUUGGUGGAAGCCAUCGGAAACUUGAAACCCGACCCGGCGGACAGAACUAAUGUAUUACUUGCAAACCUCACAGAAAUCAUCGUGUCUAUGAGCAGAAUGAAUGCAUCACAGCCCCUUCCCUUGACUGAGCCUAAGGAAUUUGAGCCGGAACCGGAAGAUAUCCGCCUCAAUAUUUAUUGCUUUGCCUCGUUGAUUUUCGCGCUUUGUACUGCCGCGUUGGCCGUGGUGGGUCGCAGUUACUUGACGAGACUUACCCGACCAGACGGAGACGCGAUUAGCCGCCUGACCGAUAUACACCGCAGAUGGAAAGGUGCCCAAACAUCUCUGGGCCCAUUCUUAGAGACGCUACCCAUGACCCUCACGUUGCCCGUGUUCAUUUUUGCGCUGGGUUUACUUGACUACGUCACGUCGAUAUCCAUCAAAUUGGACGAACAAUCUCAAUACCUGGACAGCGCUUUCAUCAUCGGUGGCGCGGCAAUAUCGUUGACCGCCCUGACAGUACUCUUCACCGUCUACCACGGAAUAUGCUACCCCACCACCUCCCCAUUUCAAAGCGGAAUCAGGACCCUCCUCAGAUUGCGCGAGACAUGGAAAGCUGGCGACCAGCCGUCCGUGCCUUCUUUGAGUCAAGACAAUCUGAAUGCUUUCCAUGAGCUCAUCCAGGACACUCAUGAUGACGAGACUCUUACUCAUGCGGUCGGUCCGUUGAAUUCUUUGCUGAAAUCUCAAUGGUCGUGGGAUGAGAAAGAGGUUAACACGGUGCUACAUCUGCUCUCCUUCGAGGCGUCCCUUCAAUGCCAGUUGAAUGUCCUCAACGUGCUGGCGAAGCGAGACAUCUCAGGAAUUACCAGCGUAUCUAUCGGUGUCAGGGUCCAGGUGCUCAGUGCCGUUCUAGCGGUCGAGAAGUACCACGUCAGGACCAACCUCCCGCCCGGUAAUUUCGACCAGCUCGUGAAGUUCCCCUUCGUCAUCGUGGUCGCCAAAUUGGCUAGGAGUAUCAUUCAGACGGACUUCUCGGACUGGGACCUUGACAAAAGUCCACUGCUCGCCCUCUUGAGCAUCACAGCGUACAAACACCAAGUACAUCCGGACCACCAGUGGAUCAUCGAAGUCGUAUCAUUCCACGCCCUGAAGAUAUUGACGGACGUCUUCGGCCUGGAAUUCUUCAAUUCCCAUGACCCAGAGUUCAUCAACGAGCGCCUGGACGAAGUAUUCGGUGCCCAUGCCUUGGACUUUUCCGAGUGCCAGAUAUUGGCGAUCGGUCUGGCCAUAUCGCAGGAUAUCCAUCCUCAUAUCUUCCAAGGGAUGAUGAGCUGGAUAUGCACCAAAAUCUCAUCGUCACUCAAAAUCCAGCUAUUCUCCACCCACGUCCUCAAGGAGGUGCUAAAACUCGUUUCGAUUGACGAGCAUAGGCAGAUGUAUCGGUCGUUAUUCCGGCUAUGCUGGCUCGUGAACCACAUCAGCGCAUCCCUUGACUUCCCCGCCAAUAUCGACGUCAGCGCAUCCUUCACUAUGCAAAUGGCGUCCACUAUCCAGAAGAGGUGGAGCUCACUUGAAGUAGUGGAGCCAACUCUGUGGUCGGACAGCGUCUUCACAUUCGUGAUCAGGUUCUUGGAUCUGGCGAAGGGCAACCUCAUCGAGCUCGCCGUCAGCGCAGAGCACCGAGAUAUCCUCUCCCAAAUCAGCGGUGCGCUCGGCGGCCUUUGCGUGCUCCUGUCCUCCGCAAACCCAGUGAAUAUAACCCAAGUGGGCAACAUCCAGAGGAGAGACGAGUUCAUGCAUCAGCUAUUGCUCGUAUGCAUCCAGUAUAUUACCCAUGAAGAUCGAACGACUGGCGAACUGAUUCUUCCGGAGCGCACGUUGGAAUCGCUGUUGGGGAGUUUGUCACGGCUGGUCAAUGUGGUAGAGAUGGACAAAAUGGACAAAUCCCUGCAAUCGCAACUUGCAGCUUUGCCAAUUGAGGCAACAGUGGUUCGCCGUAGUUACCAUUGCGAGGUUGUGGAACAAGCUGACCGUGGUUAA